AUGCACUUCCUCACCGCCCUCUCCCUCGUCGCCUUCGGCGCGUCAACCGUCAGCGCAGGCUGCCACCGCCGCCAUCACGCAAAGAUUGCCGCCAGCAUCUCGGCCUCGGGCUCGUCCUCCCUCCAGGCGUCCUCUCCAGCCUCGUCAGCGUCCCAGGCGGACGCGACCGUCGCUGUCCAGUACGUCGCAAAGGGUUCGGCCGCGUCGGGUUCGUCCUGGCAGGCUUCGUCAACUGCCUCGUCUUCCGCCGCCGCUUCCACCUCCUCUUCCACCUCGUCGUCCUCUUCGUCGGGCUCGAUCGGAUGGGGACUGAACGGUUUGAAGAAGAACGGCAUCUCGUUUGGAUGGCUCCCGGACGACGGUUCGGGCGGCGGCACGGCGCACACGAUCCAGCAGAUCGAGGCUGCGGUCGGGCAAAAGACGUCGGCGCAGGGCUGGUACGCCCAGGCUCAGUCGGGCACGCUCUUUGACGGCAGCCAGUUCUCGUGGCGCAAGGAUCAGAUCUUGUCUGGCGGCGUCUUCCAGCCGGCGGUCAUGCCGACUGGCGGAUGGUGGGGUCUCACGUACCAGGACAACCAGCAGGCUGUCGCGAUCUGCAACGUCAUGAAGGAGUACACCGACGCUGGCGUCGAGGUCUGGCUCCGUUUCGCUCACGAGGUCAACUACUACCAACAGGACGGCACCUACCAAGGCGGCGUCUCGGACUUCAAGGAAGGCUGGGACGUCGUCGCCAAGGCGUGUCGCCAGAUCGCUCCCAAGGUCAAAAUGUGGUACACGCCCAACGUCGCUUCGCUCGACCAGUACGACCAGUACUUCCCCGACGACGCGUCGACUGUCGACUUGAUCGGCGUCGACUGGUACCCCAAGCAGACCGACAACUUUGACUUUGCCACCGGCCCGGCGAGCAUGAAGGCCUUCCAUGACAAGUACACCUCGUCGAACGGGAUCAAGUUUGCGAUUGGCGAGAUCGGACUCGGACAGGCUGCGCCUAUGGCUGCGCGCGUCGCGUGGCUCGAGAACAUCCUUGCGAGCGGGUCGCAGAUGCCCAACAUGAUUGCCGUGUCGUGGUUCAACUACAUGAAGGGCUACGACUUCCGUAUCGCCGCAUGCGACGGCGACUCGGUCACAAAGACUUUCUUCGCCGCCUAA